AUGUCUGGACUGCUGGGUGUUCAACUUCUGCUGCUGUGGGCCAGCGCCUGCCUCACGCUACCCAGCCUGGCUCUGGGGGCAUUUGUCAUCUCCGGGGGCCAUGAAGCUCUGCAGGAGACAGGAGGAGCUGCCAGAUCCCUAAAGAAAAGAAGUGCAAAUGAAGCCAUGGUGGAGGUGUACAGUGUGAAAGUGGACUGCACUGUAACAUCUCGUUUUGCUCACACUGUCAUGACCUCUAAAGCUCUGAACAAAGCAAACACCUCACAGGAAAUCUUCUUUGAAGUGGAUCUGCCAAAGACCGCCUUCAUCACCAACUUCAGCAUGGAAAUUGAUGGUCAGGUGUAUGUUGGGGAGGUGAAGGAGAAAGAGAAAGCCAAGGAACAGUACAAGAAGGCUGUUUCAUCUGGAAAAACUGCUGGACUGGUCAAGGUCUCUGGGAGAAAGAUGGAGAAGUUUUCUGUGUCUGUCAACAUUGCAGCUGAAAGUAAUGUGACUUUUAUUCUGACCCACGAGGAGCUCCUUCAGAGGAAACUGGGCCAGUAUGAGAUACUGACUCGAGUCAAACCCAAACAGCGGGUCCAGGAGUUUCAGAUCGUGACAAACAUCUAUGAGCCACAGGGCAUUUCUUUUGUUGAUACCCAUGCAACCUUCCUCUCCAAUGAUCUGCUCCCCCUUGUGGAGAAAACCGUCACAAAUAAUAAGGCACACAUCUCUUUCUCACCAACUAUGGAGCAGCAGAGGAGUUGUUCAGAUUGUGAUGGAACUCUCAUUGACGGAGACUUUAUCAUUAAGUAUGACGUGAACCGGGCAGACAGCUUCGGUGACAUUCAGAUUGUGAAUGGAUACUUUGUACACUUUUUCGCUCCUCCUAGCCUGCACAGAGUCCCAAAGAACGUGGUGUUUGUGAUUGACAGGAGCGGAUCAAUGCAUGGAAAUAAAAUUGCACAGACACGUGAGGCGAUGCUGGCCAUCCUCAAAGACCUUCCUGAGGAGGAUUACUUUGCCAUUGUCCAGUUUGAUAGCAGGGUUGAGACCUGGAGGGAAACACUUUCCAAAGCCACAGCAGAAAACGUGAAAGAAGCCAUGUCCUUCAUCAGGAAAUUACAUAGCAGUGGAUCAACCAAUAUGAAUGACGCAUUGGUGAAGAGUGGGAAAAUGCUGUUGAAUGACAGAGAGGAGAAGAGGAUCCCAGAGAGGAGCAUCGAUAUGAUUAUUUUAUUGACUGAUGGAAUGCCAGAUGGGGGAGCGUCCACUCUUGGUUUCAUCAUAAACAGUGUGCGCAAUGUUGGUGGAGGAAACUUGACUCUGUUCUGUCUUGGAUUUGGAAAUGAUGUGGAUUACUCCUUCCUCGAUGAGAUGAGCAAAAAAAAUAAAGGACUGGCUCGCAGAAUUUAUGAAGGGUCAGAUGCAGCACUUCAGCUUCAGGGUUUCUAUGACGAGGUGUCCAGCCCUCUUCUUUUAGAAGUGGACCUGCGUUAUCCUGACAAUGCAGUGGACUUUCUUACCACCAACCGUUUCAACCAGUUAUUUAAUGGCUCAGAGAUCGUGGUGGCCGGUCAACUGACGGACAACGACCUCAACAACUUCCUGGUGGAAGUGUAUGGCCAGGGGUUUGAGGAGGACUUCAAGGUGCAGGGCCAGCCUGGUGUAGUGGACUGGAACGUGAUGUACCCUGAUGAGGAGUACAUUUUUGGGGAUUUUACAGAGCGUCUUUGGGCCUACCUCACCAUCCAACAGCUACUGGAGAAGGGUAAGAGUGGUUCUACAGGUGAGAAAGAAAAUGCCACAGCAAAGGCCCUGGACAUGUCCCUGCGAUACAGCUUUGUCACCCCCCUCACCUCCAUGGUGGUCACCAAGCCAGAGACGGAGGACGGAACCGACAGCCCACUCAUCGCUGAUAAACUGACUGAGGAACAAAGACAAGAAGCAGAAAGAAUGGGUGGAAGAUAUGUCUCCCCUGUAAGUCACACAUAUUCUUAUGUGCCACCACCCUCACUCUUUGUGGACGGCGAUCCUCAUUUCAUCAUCGAGCUCCCAGACAGAGACGAUGCUCUGUGUUUCAACAUCAACGACAAACCAGGAACCAUUUUCAACCUGGUCAGAGACCCAAAACCAGGUAUAUUGGUCAAUGGUGAGAUCAUAGGAGACAAGAUGAUUCCCCCUGAUGGUAAAAUUAACACCUACUUUUGGCGCUUUGGCAUCAUCCACCAGACUCUGGGUGUGAGGCUGAUGGUGAGCACUCAGGACAUCUCAGUGUUUCAAGACGGCCAACUGGUCAAACUGCUGUGGUCUGAUUCAGCUUCACUCAAAGGACCAAAUGUGGAUAUUGCCAUGAUCAAGGACCGCAGCCUUACGAUAACUCUGAAAGAUUCAGUUAAGUUUGUCAUCCUGCUGCACAAAGUAUGGAAGAAGCACCCGUACCACCAGGACUACCUGGGUUUCUACACCCUGGACAGCCACCUCCUGUCCUCUUCUGUUCAUGGCCUGCUAGGUCAGUUCUACCAUGGGGUUGAGUAUGAGGUGACAGAACUACGUCCAGGCGAAGUCCAAGAGAAACCAGAUGCAACCAUGUUUGUGAAGGGACAGCAGCUCAACGUGACCAGAGGCUGGCAGAGAGACUUCAGGAGGGAUGUGAAGAAAGGAGACAACGUUCCCUGCUGGUUCAUUCACAAUAAUGGAACAGGCCUCAUCGAUGGACAAGCCUCAGACUACACUGUGUCAGGCCUUUUUAAAACUGUUUAAAAAUAGGUUACACAUCAAUAUCUACCACACAAAUCACAAGUGCUGUUACAGCAAGAGUAGAAUUAACACUAUCUGAAAGUAAGGAGAAAUAAUGGGAGCAACUCACCUGCAUUCAAAAAUAUGUACCAGUGUUCCUAAACAUGGACAGAAACUAGAUGUACUCAUAAUUCAAUGGAUUAUUUUCUUUUCAAUAUUUAUGAAAAUAUAAAAGAGCAGGCUAUCAAAUUCAUGUUUAUUCUUCUUGCUUGACUUGAUGAAUGUCUAAGGUUUUUUUUAUUUCAGGCUAUCUUUAAGCCUUUUUCUUAUGUCAGGAGCUUACAGGAUAAUAACCUGUUUCAAAGUCUUGAAAAAGUCUUUUACAGACUAGUCUAAGUCCACUGUAGGACUCAUAACCUAAAUGAUACCAAAUAAAAGUUGAUGAGUGGG